GUGAGCGGCGCCGCCGGUGCAGCACCAUGGUGGCCGUCACCGCGCCCGGCGACCCGGACCCCAAGGAAACGCCCCCGCGCUGGCCGCAGUUCCUGGCCGCCGCGCUCGCUAUUACCGGGUCGGUGCUGGGCUGGUCGUCGCCGUCGCUGCCAGUCAUGCAACGCCAGCAGCUGCAGCUGGUGCGAGACAACACCUCCGUCAACGUCACGCUGUUGCCGGCCAUCUUGACAGAGGACCAGGCGAGCUGGGCGGGGUCACUGGUGCCGCUGGGCGCGCUGCUGGGCUCCGUGCCCGCGGGCUUCCUGGCCGACGCGCUGGGCCGCAAGCCCGUCAUGCUGGGCAUCGGCGCGCACUUCCUCUUCGGCUGGCUGCUCAUCCUCGCCGCCACGCUGCGACGGGGGGUGUGGCUGCUGUUCUGCGGGCGCGCGCUGCAGGGCGCGUGCUGCGGGGCCAUCACGGUGGUGGCGCCGCUCUACCUGGAGGAGAUCGCCGAGGCGCAGGUGCGCGGCUGCACGGGCGUGCUCUUCGACCUGGCCACCAACGCCGGCGUGCUCAGCGCCUACGUGCUGGGCGCCGUGCUGGCGCCGCCGGCGCUCGCGGGCUCGCUCGCCGCCCUGCCCGCGCUCUUCCUGCUCGCCUUCGCCUGGAUGCCCGAGUCGCCCGUGCACCUGGCGGCGCGCGGCCGCGACGCCCGCGCGCGACGCUCGCUCACCUGGCUACGCGCGGUGUUGAAGUUAGUAAUGAAACGGUCUUGUGAUGAUGAAAUGAUGAUGAUGAUGAUAAGAUGA